AUGAAACGGUUAUUGUUUCUAGUGGUUUAUGUGUCGUGUCAAGAGCCUCCUUAUAAUCCCAAUUUUCAGAAACCAUAUCAAUCAGACACAUAUCAGAACGGAACUUCAUAUCGUCCACCUAUACAGGUUCCCUAUGGCAGUUUUCCUGUUAAUGCCAAUGAACAUACGUUCCAGAGUUCAUUUUAUCAUGACAGUGGCAAUUCAGACACCUACGGAGAUGGCGAUAAUGAUGUAGAUCCUCAAAACACGGCUUCAUAUUACGCGGGCUUAGAUUACGAAGAGCGAUAUAAGUGUCCCCCUAAUUGGAUUCGUUAUAGAGAGUCGUGUUACCGAUUUACAAAAUCUCCGAAUAGGCCGCGUAAUGAAGGUCGAAAAAUAUGCCAAGCUUUUGAAGCAGACUUAGUGUCUGUGAAUAGCCCUGAAGAACAUGGCUUUAUAAUCACAACACUUAUGCGUAUAGAUCCACAACGUGGCUCUUGGUACGUGGGUGCUCAUCAGCAAUCACCAGGCUAUUGGGCAAAUGAUGGUGAUGGAUCCCAAUUGUCUGGUUUGGAUAAUGCAUUUUUUGAAGAUCGUAAGUUGACUUAUAUGAGCUAUAAUUUAUUGCCUAGAGACUAUUUAGUAUAUAGAUUUUCCCAGGAAGAUGGAAGGUGGGGUUUAGCUCCUGUAGAAGGUACUCAGUAUUUCCACUUUAUUUGUGAAGGACAAACUCAGCGCUUGCAUUAUUUAAUCGAAGAGAAAAGAUCUUUUACUUAUGGAUUAGACACAUUUGACCCAGAAAGAAUUCCAAGAGGACCAUAUUUUAUUCAAGAGCCAGAAGAUACCAUUUAUGAUCCACUUCGUAACCACCAUGUACAGUUGUCAUGUAUUGCUGGAGGGUACCCUUCACCCUCUUAUAGGUGGUUUAGAGAAGACUAUCAGGUAGACAGCCCAAUUUUUACUGAAAUAGAUCCACUUUCUGACUCAAGAUUUAUACUGAGUGGAGGAUCAAUCAUAAUUUACAAUCCAGAUGCAGACAAAGAUAACGCCAAGUAUCAUUGUACAGCGACAAAUAAAUUUGGUACAAUCAGAUCUGAAUCAGUGAGAUUGUCUUUUGGGUUUAUACGAGAGUUUAACCAAAAAAGAUCAGUGGAGAGUGGUAAACAAUACUGGGGAAAAGUUAUGUAUUGUGAUCCCCCAUCUUAUUACCCAUCAGUUAAUUUCUUAUGGGCUAGGAAUUACUUUCCUAACCUUGUAGAGGAAGAUAGAAGAGUUUUUGUGUCAUAUGAUGGUGGACUUUAUUUUUCUGCAUUAGAAACUAUUGAUAGAGGGAACUACAGCUGUAAUGUUAUGAGUAAAGUGUCAGAUGCAGGCAGAAAUGGUCCAUUCUUUCAACUCCUUGUUUAUCCUCAUUCUGAUUACCAGCAACUAAAAUUCCCAAAUAAUUUCCCUAAAGUCUUUCCCGAAGCACCUGUAGUAGGCCAAGAAGUGAGAUUAGAAUGUGUAUCAUUUGGUUAUCCAGUCCCAUCUUACAAUUGGACCAGAAAAAAUGGGCCUAUGCCCAAAAAGGCAUAUUUGAGUAAUUUUGAUAGGGUAUUAACAAUACCUAAAGUAGCUGUUGAGGAUGAAGGUGAAUACAUUUGUGAUGUACGUAAUGAUAGAGCUCAUAUACUAAACAGUGUAUUUUUAAAAGUACAAGCAGAACCAAAUUUCACAAUACCCCUUGCUGAUAAACAUAUGGAUAACAAAGGUGAUCUGCAUUGGAAUUGUGAAGCAUUCGGUAUUCCAGAUGUGAAUUAUACUUGGUGGAGAAACGGAGAGAAACUGUCAACAGAUGCUUUAGAAUUACAAGAUAAGGAUAGGUAUGUAAUACAAGACAAUGUUUUGAUCAUCAAAUAUUUGGAUCCAAGUAGAGAUCCUGGUAUGUAUCAAUGUGAAGCAAAGAAUCAACUGAAAGCCCGGUUUUCAUCCGGACAAUUACGAGUUUUGUCUUUAAAGCCAUCUUUUAAGAAACGACCUUUAGAGAGUGAGACAUACGGAUCUGAAGGAGGCAAUGUUACCUUGAAAUGUUACCCUGAAGCAGCUCCUAAACCAACAUUCACAUGGAAAAAAGAUAACAUUGUCAUAGGUGCUGGAGGGAAAAGAUUUAUAACUGAAACUGGGAAUCUCAUAAUAAGACAACUUUCAAGAGAUGACGAAGGUGUUUAUACAUGUGUAGCGAAAAAUCAAUAUGGAUCAGAUGAAAGUCGCGGACGCCUCAUUGUUUUGAGAGCCCCACGAUUUGUUGAGAAAUUACCACCUAGAAUAACUACAGAAGUUGGUAAAACUGUAUUCUUACAUUGCAGUGCAGAUAUUGAUCCCUUGUUAGACACAGCAUAUCUCUGGAACCAUAACGCCAUUCGUAUGAAGCAGGCUUCAGAUAUAUAUGCAGAUAAAAGAAUUAAAAUAGAUGGUGGCGAAAUGACUAUAUAUGACGUCAGCCUAUCUGACGUUGGCGAAUAUGAAUGUGUCGUUAAAUCUGCGAUUGGACGGAUAUCAUCGCGUAUGCAAUUACGCAUAGAAGGUCCGCCCGGUCCUGCCGGGGGAUUGCAAGUGUUAAACAUUCAACGGUCUUCUGUGACUUUAGAAUGGACAGACAGUAAUCCAAAUGGUCGUCCAAUUACUAGCUACGUCAUCACUGGUCGCACACAAUGGAACUCUUCUUGGUAUGCGAUCAAUGAUAAUGUUGUGAACGUCAUGGAGAUUGAUAGGUAUAAUGGACGAAAACGAGCAGUUAUAUCAACAACAUUGCUACCUUGGUCCGUGUAUGAAUUUAGAGUGCAAGCUGUAAACAGUUUAGGAAUUGGUGAGCCAUCUUCGCCAAGCCCUCAAUUUUCGACGCAAGCUGAUAAACCCUACCAAGCUCCAAUGAAUAUUGGAGGCGGCGGGGGUAAAAUUGGGGAUCUUACAAUUACUUGGACUCCGCUACCCCCAGCUCUGCAAAAUGGACCUGGAAUUCACUAUAAAAUAUUUUGGAGGCGAAAUGGUUCCGAGGUUGAAUUUCAAUCGCUACUGCUUAAGGAAUUUGGAAAUAUUGGAAUGCAUAUAGUCCAUAUCUCUUUGGAUUAUUUCUUUACGCCUUAUAAUGUAAAAUUACAGUCAUUCAACGAUCUAGGUUCUGGACCAGAGAGUGAGAUAGUGACCAUAUACUCUGCAGAAGAUAUGCCACAAGUUGCGCCGCAAUUCGUAAAAUCACAUUCGUUUAACUCCACCGCUCUUAAUGUAACAUGGAACCCGAUUGAUCAAUCCCGAGACAGACUUCGAGGCAAGUUGAUCGGACAUCGUCUAAAGUACUGGAAGCAGGAGAACAAAGAGGAAGAAUGUAUCUAUUACCUAUCAAGGACGACACGUAACUGGGCUCUUAUUGUGGGCUUGCAACCUGACACUUACUACUUCGUAAAGGUGAUGGCAUUCAAUUCGGCGGGUGAAGGGCCAGAAAGUGAGCGAUACUUAGAGAGAACAUACAGAAAGGCUCCCCAGAAGCCUCCAGCCUCUGUCAAUGUUUGGGCUGUAAACCCGAGCACUGUUCGUGUUGUAUGGAGAUACGUACAACCCACGUCUGAAGAAGAACCUCUUCUUGGCUAUAAGGUACGAGUUUGGGAGAGCGAUCAAGACAUGAGUGUAGCUAAUGACACCUUAAUACCAGUGGAUCACAAACUAGAAGCCUAUGUCACUGGCCUUACUCCAGGAAAAACUUAUAACCUUCGAGUGCUGGCGUAUUCCAAUGGAGGUGAUGGAAGAAUGUCUUCCCCGGCUAUAACAUUCCAAAUGGGUGAUUACCACAGUGACGCAUACGGCUAUUACGUAAGAGGAACAGGGAACAUACACACUCCUCUUAAAUCCAUUCUAAUUCUAAUAAUUAUCUAUAUUAUAAUAUGA